CAGAGAUGCAUUUGAUUCCAGAAUUGUGUUCUACCUUGCCGUUGUCUGCCUCUUCAUGGUCACUUGUUCGCUAUCUUCCAACGGUUGUGUAUCGACUUGAAGCAAUACUGCGCGCACAUGAGAUGAAAUUGAGGAUUCUGUUUGCGACGGGGAUAACUAGGAACGCAAGGGAUCUUGGUGGGGAAGAAACGUAUGCGAAUGGUAAAUUGGAGAGCUGUGGUGGAGUUGGUGAAAGAAGUAGUGUGGUUGGUGAGGGAUUCAAUGAUGGUGGUGAUGGUAACGAUGGUGGUGGUGGUGAUGAUGGUGUUGGUGGUGAUAGUGGUGGUAAUGAUAGUAGUGGUGGUACUGGUAAUUAUAGCGAUGGUAAUGCUAGUAUUGGUUAUGAUGGUGGUGAUGGUAACGAUGAUGGUAAUGAUGGUGUUGGUGGUGAUGGUGAUGGUGGUGGUAAUGAUAGUAGUGGUGGUACUGGUAAUUAUAGUGAUGGUAAUGCUAGUAUUGGUUAUGAUGGUGGUGGUGAUGAAGGUGGUAGUCCUAAUGGUAAUAGUGAUGAUGUUGGGCCGAGUAUAUCAUUAAUACUCCACGCGCUCACUGCAAAAUCUGCAGGUCAGCAGUUUCAUUCUGAACAACUGGAAGUAUUGGGUGACGCUUGUUUAAAACUGGAACUGAGCUUGGAGCUGUUUUUCACUGACCCAGAGAAGAAUGAAUGGACUCUGUCAAAUUACCGCAAGCAUUUUGUCUCAAACUACAUGUUGUCCACACAAGGCCGUCGUGUUGGAAUACCUGGGUAUAUCUCAAUCACUCUCCCAGAUAUAAGCAACACUUCACUCCCCCCUGGUUUCAUUUUCGAGCCAUCGCAAAGUGUGAAAGCGUCUCUAAACCUGUACACUCACCAGGUGCUAGGGGAUAAACACGUGGCGAAUACUGUGGAAGCUUUGAUCGCCGCCACUUUGGUGGGCUGUGGUAGAGAUGUUGCGAGACGGUUUUUGAUCUGGUUAGGUGUGGCACAGUACACUUCGAGUGAACUGGCUGUCUUGUAUCAACACACACUGUCAGCUCAGACAACUGGAGGUCAUGUGAACUGUGUUAUAAGUGAGGAACUGGAAAGAAUGCCUGCGAAGAAGGAACAGCAAGAUGGAAAUCCUACUCCCUGGUAUGUAAAAGAGAAUUUGGACAACGCUACUAUGUCUAAGGCUACAUUCUGCGAGUUUCGCAUGUCCACAAACUGUGUUCUGCAAGCAACAGAAGAUUAUGGAAACUGUCAUGAAGCUAUAAAUGAAGAACCACAUUACAUGAACGACCAUUCUCAGCUUGUAAAUCCACGUUCACCCUGCGAAGAGAAUUUGAACGAAACUAUUAACUCUGGGGACCGUAUAAAGUUACAUGAACAACUUGGCAAGGAACUCCAAACUGUAAACUGUACUCUCUUGGAAAGAAAAGAGCGAGAAAUAUUGAAGAGGCUUCACGUUGGUGGAUGUAAUGGUAUUUCAACCGCCAUUGAUAUGAAAGAAAAAGAGAUCUGCAAUCAUUCCCAAAUCACUGAACAGAAACAUUACUGUAAACCCAGAAUAUCUGGUAAUCUUAUUGAUACUAAAGAAAAUUCUGGAAUCUCAUUGAAGAAUUCAAAACUCCCAAAGAACAAAAUUAAUUUCACUUCAAACAAAGCUGUACCGUCAAAGAGCAACCAUCCAACACGUCCGGUUCCAAAUUUUGAUCAUAUUGAAAGAGAGCUGGGAUAUUCUUUCAAAAACAAACAUCUACUUCUCCAAGCUCUCACGCAUAAUUCCUAUCCAAGAUUCUUAUCACAGAUCUCAGAAACUUACCAGAAAAUGGAGUUUGUAGGAGAUGCCAUCUUGGACUAUGUUGUCACGCUUUAUCUUUACGAGAAUUUUCCACAUCUUAAUCAUGGCGACAUUACAGAUUUCCGUUCAGGGCUGGUGAAUAAUUUCACCCUGGCUUUUCUUGCUGUACAGAAGAAUUUGCACCAGUCCUUGAGGUAUAUGUCACCACCGUUACUUGAUGUGAUUGGUCAGUUUAUAAAAUUCUUGGAAGAGCAGGAAUUGAAGCAAGGUGCUUCGUGGAAGGUAAGGUUUAUAUUUCCAAGAUCGGUAUCUGUACACAUGACUGAUUUCCAGUAAAUGGGUUCACUAAGGGUAAAUAUCAGGGGUCGGUUGUUCAAAGCCAGAUAAGCACUAACCCUCGGUUAAAAUUGAACCUGCUGUUUUAGUUUAUGUAUUUCUGCACGUCUGUUUAUUUCAAAACUUCAGAGAAGAAAACUCCUACUGAUCCAGACAAGAUUUCUGAAGAAAUAUUUCCAAAUUUAUAGAGGUGGAGAAGAAUGGAGAGAGGUAGCUUGAUCUGUUUGCUUAACCAACCAAAAACCAACCAAAACGCGCCCUUUGCCUAACAAAUAGAGCAUAACAAUAAUGGCCAUACACUAUUCUGUGAUCAAAAUGCUCCAUUGUCCUUUCAUUGUUUCGAAAGCCGCCACCCUGUCCUCCAGCCACUCACUGUGGUGACCUAUUUAUGACGUUCUGCAAAGGAAGCUUGGCUGUGAGAGAGACACAAGACCCUAGGCUACUGAUUUCCCGACGAAAGAUCGGUCAAAACGUCGAAGUUGUGCUUAUAUUUUCGAGGUAGUUGCUGGGAAAAGGAUCUGUUCAGGGAAAAGUGUCUGUUCAGAUCGAUUUACCAUAAAUAUGAUUUCACUUUUUAUCUUUAUAUUUUUAGACGUCGGUUGAUGCAUUCGUGGUAGGCGCGUCUGAAGUGGAGGAAAGUUUGGUGGAGGUUCCCAAGGUGUUAGGAGAUGUGUUUGAAGCGGUGGUUUGUGCCAUGUAUCUUGACUCUGGUAUGGAUCUUGAGCUUGUGUGGAAGAUAGUUCUUCCUAUGUUCAUGCCUUUCAUAGGUAAGACUGCAACUCAAGUCUUCAUCUUAGCUUUCACUUCGGUGGCGCAGGCGUCAGAACAAGAGCCUUUCACUUCUGAGACAAUCUCGUUCCCAGAGUAUGCCUGUUCGCGGGUUAGGUACCUAACCCGCGAACAGGCAUACUCUGGGAACGAGAUUUCUCCAGCCUAGACCUAGGCCUUCUAGUCUUAUUUAUAUUUUUUUUAAUAUUCAGCACUUUUUCACGUGAAAAGACUGGGGCUUGUGUCCUUCCUCCGCCCCGCCCCGCCCCCAAAUCACCUAGUCCCAGUCUUUUCAUAUGAAAAAGCGCUGAAUAUUAAAAAAAUCAAUAAAUAAAAAUAGAAGGCCUAGGUCUAGGCUGGGUUUUCUCCGGGUGCUCUGGUGGGAAAGUUGACAGGGUGGGUUAGGAUAAAGUUAAGAAGGUAAUAUCACAAUAGACCUUUCCCCUUAUGAGUGAAAUUUCGAUCUAGAUAUGCCUGGACAAAAAUUUCAUCACAGCUUGAAAGAGCAUCACAAAAUUAGUAAUAUUCCGAAGUUUCGUUGCGAAAUGUUGUAAAAUACGGAUAAUAUAGCCUUGCGAAAUUUGCCGUUUUUCAGUCAUUUUGCAUUACAAAUGAAAAUUGGUAAUCAGAUGAUCAAACUGAUUAUGAAUUUCCCAUUUGUAAUCUAAAAUAACUGAAAAACGGCAAACUUCAACAUUUCGCAACGAAACUUCGGAAUAUUACUAAUUUUGUGAUGCUCUCUUUCAAGCUGUGGUGGGAUUUUUGUCCAGACUUGUCUAGAUCAAAAUUUCACUCAAAAGGGGAAAGGUCUAUUGGUAAAAAAAUAAAAUAGUCCAGGCUAAAUAUGUAAUUAGGUAAGCGCAUAAUACUUGAUGUAAAGCGCAUAAUACUUGAUGUAAAACGCAUUAUAAAAUAACAUGUAUAUAACGCGUGCUCUGAUUGGUCGAAACCCGUGUUUGGAUCAGGCCAUCCAAAUACGGAAGACUAUCGUGUUGUUGUUAUUUUAUAAAACAAUUACUUUAUGGUUUCCCUGUUAGGAUGGCCUGAUCCAAACACUUGGGAAUGUUGCUCGAGUUAAGAAAAGCGUGCAAAAUCACUCGCCUUCGGCUCGUGCUUUGCGGCGCUUUUCUUAACUUUCGCAACAUUCCCGCGUGUUUGGAUCAGGCCAUCCAAACACGGAAACCAUAAAGUAAUUGUGUAUUUAAUCAUACCCGCAUGUAAAUUUGCGCUAUAGAAAUGCUAAUCUUAAUCGUCGUUACAGACAGCAGACGGUGAUCAACAUGAGAAAAUGAGAAACCUAAAUCUAGCUCUCAAAACACCCUUCGGGGAAGUAAGUCGGUGUUUGGCUGUAGGACCACCUGUUGCACGAUACUGCUUCAUCAUAAAAUCCACAUAUGUAGGUAUUGUUAUUCACAGUGUUUUUUCAAUUUGUACAGUUCUCUUUUUUUUUGUGUUCCUAGAUUAUUACAAAGACAAUAUACCACGAUCACCCAUACGAGUCUUAAAAGAAAGUUUCCCUGAUAGCGAUAAAAUUAACUUCAGGUAUUGUAUGUAUUCAAGCAUGAUUUUUUUCCACUUUAAUCAUAACGAAUCGUAGCAUUUUCUUUCGUCCACCCUAGUUUUCACAAUACAUGGAGGAUAUUACACGGCGGCGCGAAGAUAUGACUUUUAUCUUCGAGUGGUGAAAACAGUAUUUUACGAACGAGCGCAGCGAGUGAGUAAAAUAUUGUCUUUAACACGAGAAGAUAAAAGUCAUAUCUUCGCGCCAACGUGUAAUGUUCUGUUUAUUAUAUAGUCCCAAGCCAAAAAUUGUGAAAUACUAAAAGUCACGUGAUCGAUAUCUUCACUAGUGAAGAUAUGGAAAAUAUCUUACUGUGUAUUUUUCAGUAUCUCACUCUCUACUAUAUAAUAAAUAGAAAUAUACGUCUAAGCAACCUCGUUCCCAGGCUCUACCCAGACUACCCUGCGAGCAGAGGUUUUAUAGGAGAAAGUAACCUCUGCUGAUAUAUUCCAUAAAAUACAGUUUGAUGAUCUAACAUUUCCAUCAUUCACACGUGUAGCUUGGCUCGUCUCACGCUCUCAAGACAGUAUAAAAGCAGUGUGGUGAUAGCAGGCUAUGGUAAGUUUGAAGCAAUCGGUCGUACGCCGAAAAUUGCGAAGGCAAGCGUUGCUCGAAAGGCAUUGCAACACGUAAUGAAGGAACGACACAAUUGUAAGUUGAAGUAAAACGAUAUUGCUUUCGACAAAAGCUCAUUGAAACUAUGGGCGUUUUCCAUUAACACGGCCAGACCGGUCAAAUUGUUGAAUGGAACGCAAAACGUUUAGGCUUCGGACCUUUCUGACCAGAAAACGUAGAUAAAAUUAGAAUGAGGUCGAGUUUCGCUAGAUUUUUGAGAAACAGAGACCGGAUCUUUCCAUUGAUACAGAGACAAAAAUUCGAGUCUGACCGGUCAGCCAUUAAAUGGAAAGCGCCCUAUUUCAGCAUCCUCCAACAUAGUCUAUCAAGAUAUGUUCUGGAAACUGAACGUUUAUGUUAAUUUGUGAACGGUCACGGCGAUUGAGAUCAUUGUAUUUUCGUAUGACGUAACCGUCCAAUAUGGAUAGCUGAGAUGAAAUGUGCAGCCAGGAUGAAUAAUAUUUAAUGAAGUUGAGACAAAGGAUUUGUGCAUGAUUUGUUCAACGUCAAACCAAGCCCAAGCUCUUCUAUUUUGUGGCUUUGAAAUUUGCCGACCUUCCAGACCAUCAUAUCUUGACAGAGUAUGGUUCAAAUGACUCGUCCAAGAUUGUUCGCCCAAAAAUGUUCGCCCAAAAAUGUUCGCCCAAAAAUGUUAGCCAGUGUUGGAUGAAAGUUUCAAACAAAGUCAAACCCAAUCCAAAAUCACGCAACAUUACCCAACACAGUGUUGAAACGAGGCCAACAAUGUUGCGGCCAGUGUAGGUAGAGCCAAUACUGCUCAGUCGGCCUUUGUGGGAUUCAACUAUACCUGUAAAAUACAAGAAGUUGGACGUUUCGGGCGAGAACCCUUCGUCGGGCAGGGAGUAGUUCGUUAGAAGGGCCGCUUGAACCGUCGAAGUUCUCUUUGUAUUUUUUAAGUAGUUGUACCCUAUCAAUCCGAAGCUUGUUGGAGCAACAUACUGGCCUCGUUUCGACGAGGUUUUAGUGAAAGAAUCAGAUUUAAGUGAAACUUGAUCCACCAUCAGACCAUCAGCCAACAUUACCAAACAUAAUCUUCAAACAAGGCCAACAUGUUGCAUCCGACAAUAUGAUGAUGGGACUAUACUGUUUCAACGGGCAUUUUUAAGUAUUCAUGCAUGCAUAAGUUACGAAAAAACUUAAAUCGGUUUAUUAAAAACUUGUUAAACCGUUAAACCUAGCAGUUGUUCACAAUAACUUGAAAGAAACCGGCAUAAUUUUAAAGUCAAAGAUUUUUUAUAUACACAAUUAUACGUAAUUUUAUAGUUUUAUAUAUUGUAAACUUUGUUGUACAGUAAAUUGUAUAUAGGAAAUUUUAAAUGUAAAUUAGUUGUACGUGCCAUUCAACCGUAUUGGAAAUGUCACAAAGGAAGAAAUUUUAGGGACUUUGAAUCAGAAGAGUUUAUUACAAUACAUUGGACACCAAUUAUGCACACAUUUUCCCAAUAGAUAUAUUUUAUACCAAAUUUGAAAUGUAUUUAUUUAAUAUUUAUAACACACUAUUUUAGACUCCAAUUAAAUAAAGUUGUUUCUUAUAUUACUUUCUUUUAACUUAUAAUUACGCUAUAAUUACGCCAUGAAAAUACACACAAAUGUAAUAUCAAAAAUAUAUUAAGCCUUUUUAUCACCAAAGUAACUGAACAAGUGUCUGAAACUAAACAGCACAUCAAAUAAAUUUAUCCUUAUGUUAAGCUCACCAUUCAAAAAUGACAUAAAAUGCAAACUGUGCAGCAGAUGGUAUGGUAGUCAACCAGAAUUUAUCUGAGUUAUAGAAAUGUGUUUCUAGUAGUGGCCUCAUUUUGUUUGCUCCAGUUCACUGUCCCAUCUCUUGAGGCAAGAGGGAUCGGAGGCAAGUUUUAUCCAUUUUAAGUACAUGAAAUAUAAUGUCUCUCUAUUUUCAUCACCAUUUGAAUGCUGCAAGAAUGCGCAGUGUUUCAAUAUUGCAGAAUCAUGCAGAGAGACAAGAAGAGAUGGUUCAGUAAUCCGGCACCGCGCAGCCUGUUU